AUGACUAAGGCUCAGGAGCAAAGAUUUUCAAAGCUAUUGGGCGAGAACUUGGAUCUCUUUGCUUGGAGUCACAAAGACAUGCCACGAAUAGACCCGAACUUCAUUUGCCACAGGCUGGCACUAAAUCCUGGAAUUAAACUAGUGACUCAGACACGCCGGCGAAUGGGCGAUGAAAAGGAUAAGGCAAUCCAACAAGAGGUGAACAAAUUACUGGCGGCAGAUUUCAUCCGAGAAAUUAAGUAUCCUACUUGGCUAGCGAAUGUAGUAAUGGUAAAGAAGGCGAACGGAAAAUGGCGGAUGUGUGUCGACUACACAGACCUGAAUAAGGCGUGUCCGAAAGAUUCUUACCCAUUACCGAGCAUAGACAAGCUAGUGGAUGGAGCUUCAGGAAAUGAGUUGUUGAGUCUGAUGGAUGCCUAUUCAGGAUAUCACCAAAUCAAGAUGCACCCGUCGGAUGAAGACAAAACGGCCUUCAUCACCGCUAGGGUAAACUACUGUUAUCAAACUAUGCCCUUUGGGCGGAAGAAUGCGAGGGCGACGUAUCAACGGUUGAUGGACGGGGUAUUUGAAGGCCAAGUGGGGAGGAACGUGGAAGUAUAUGUCGAUGAUAUGAUCAUGAAAUCAGUUUUAGGAUCAAGCCAUCAUGAGGAUUUGACGGAAGAUUUUGGUAUGCUCCGAAAGCAUAAUAUGAGGCUCAAUCCGGAGAAGUGUUCUUUCGGUAUACAGGGCGGGAAGUUUUUAGGCUUCAUGAUUACGUCCAGAGGGAUUGAGAAAAAUCCAGAUAAGUGUAAAGCAAUCCAAGAAAUGAAAAUCCCCAGUAGUGUAAAAGAAGUGCAGCGCCAGACAGGACGAAUCGAAACCCUAUCCAGCUCUGUAAUUCUUCAGGAGGUAAAUGGAGAACAAAAAAUAAUUUACUUCGUAAGCCAUACACUCCAAGGGGCGGAAAUUAGGUAUCAGAAGAUAGAGAAGGCUGCGCUCACCGUCCUCAUUACUGCCCGACGCCUAAGACCCUACUUUCAAAGCUUUCAGGUAAAAAUAAGAACUGACCUUGCUUUGAGACAGCUGUUGCAGAAGCCAGAUUUGUCCGAAAGACUUGUCGCUUGGUCGGUUGAAUUGUCAGAAUAUGGUUUACAAUACGAUAAAAGGGGGAAGGUCGGUGCGCAGACUUUGGCUGAUUUUGUGGUAGAAUUGACGCCGGAAGGCGGUGAGAAGGUAAGCACGCAAUGGAUAUUGUUCGUCGACGGGUCAUCAAAUGACAAUGGAAGUGGAGCAGGGGUCACACUACAAGGGCCUGGGGAGUUGGUAUUGGGGCAGUCCCUCAGAUUCCAGUUCAAAGCCAGCAACAACCAGGAAGAGUAUAAGGCUCUGAUCACCGGGCUGAAGCUAGCAACUGAGGUGAAAGAGUCGGCCUUGAUGAAAUAUCUAGAGCGCGUGCGACUGCUAAUGGGUCGACUACAGGAGGUGAUAGUUGAGUACGUGCCAAGGGCGCAGAACCAAAGGGCGGACGCCUUGGCAAGUUUAGCCAGCACUCGAAAGCUUGGGAACAACCGGAGCGUGAUCCAGGAGACGCUCGCUAAUCCUAGCAUUGAAGGAGAGAGACAAGAUCCUCCUAAGUUCACUGGUGGAACUGAUCCUGAUAAAGCGGAUCUUUGGAUUCAAGAGAUUGAGAAGAUUUUCGGUGUACUGCAGACUGCUGAAGGUGCCAAGGUUGGCAUGGCAACUUAUUUGCUACUUGGUGAUGCUGAUGCUCGGGACGAGCGGGAGGCACAUUUUCUGACACUCCGACAAGGGAGCAUGUCUGUACCUGAAUUUGCUUCUAAAUUGGAGUCUCUGGCCAAACACUUCCAAUUUUUCACCGACCAUGUCGAUGAGCGCUACAUGUGUAAGCGUUUCGUCAAUGGACUAAGGCCAGAUAUCGAGGAUUCUCCAGGGCAUUUGGCCGUCGAUUGUAGAGCACCCAAGGUGGAGCCAACUAUUAAUGCUGUGAAAGGAAAGCGUUCAGCUACAAGGGGGAGAGUUUACCUCAUGAACGGUGAAGGAGCUGAGGGGUUAGCUGGGGGUGAGCGCAAGAACGAAGGUAACCUUUUAAAUAAUCCUUCUGAUUUCUAG